AUGUACGCUAUUUUCGCCCGGGGCAAGUUCUUGCCAAGCCCGUGGUGCAACCACCGCCCAGGAAGAAUGGAAAAAGCACCGUUACUCUGGCUUGUCUGGGAUGCAUCCUCUAUUGUCGGCGUAAUGAAGGUUCUUGAUCGGCAAAACGGGCUGGACUCGGCGAGACCCUGA